UAUGUAGGUUCUUCUUAUAAGCUGAAUGAUAGAUUUAGACGCUAUUUUAAUCAUAGCUAUUUAUCAAGCAGUCAGCGAGGUGCAUCUCUUAUUUGUAAUGCACUAUUAAAACAUGGUUAUGUGGGAUUUAGGUUAGAGAUUUUAGAAUAUUGUCCUAUUUCAAUAUUACUGGAUAGAGAGCAAUUCUAUAUAGAUAACUUAAA